CAGGAAGAGCAUAAGAUUGCGGAAGAGUUUCAAACCAGUAGUAGCCUGCCUAUCGUUUCGUUUUCUUAACGCACUUCCAAAAUGCGCAAAAAAAUCAAGUUGCAUGACCAUUAAGAGAUUCUCAAGCGCUACUACGUGCUGGUGAGGUAGCCUCAUAUCAUGUGUGCACGUCGUCUACUACGCUUCCCAAAGGGAUUGGUGUCUAAAUGUCAAAGGUUAUGUAUUCCGAAACGAGCCAGGACAACAACGAUUCUACAAUCACGCUGCUUGACAUUAACUUGCUCCAACUCCUUAAUUAUAGGAACUUUGUUUACGGAAACAAUAAUUACCAAUUGAAGUCAGAAUAUCCUACGUCACGAUUUCCCUCGACUCGCUCCGAAGUUUGACUUUGGAAGGAAGUAUUGACGUUUUCGUGUCACUACUAAGUUACUUCUAAGCCUAAUAUGGAUUUGAUAUCUCAGAAGACAUGGCUUGUUGUCAAGGGUUAUGCAUUUAGUUGAUGGAAAGAGAGGAGUCGGAUGUUUAAAGAGGUGCAGACCGACCGCAAGUAAGUAAAUGUACUCUUGCACAGAAUCAUGUCCAAAUUCAGUCCACAACCUUCUGGCCCAAAGAGUGAUCUGGGCCCUCAAUUCACCACGGGCAUGAGUCAGAUGUCCCAGCCAACCAUGAUUAUCCGCUUGAGCGAUAUCUACAAGCCGGAGUCGGAGCGAAAGCCAGUGAGGAUCCGACCCCCCAGCCCACGGUCUCCAUCCCCUAUGGAGUCAAAACAUAGACGCAGUCUGUCCUGUGAGGCCACACCAAAGCCAAUCAUGAGGCGACGUGCCCAGUCCCUGCCGUCCACACCCAGUCGUCGCCCCAAGCAGGCCCACAUGCAGGUGCGCUUCGCUGACUCUCUGGGCCUGGAGCUGGAAAAGGUCAAGGUGUUCAAGGUCGGAGAGGACCCGCUGAUACCACACCAUGUGCUCUCUAGACUCCUGAUGAACUCGGAGCUCUUCUCCGGCAAGGACCUCGAGCUCUCCCUGCCUUACUUUAAGCCCAGCUUCCCAGAGGAUAUAGGUGCUCAACCGGGAUUUCUGGAACGCUUGCGUGGACAGAAGGUGUGUUUGGAGAGGGUUUUGUGUUCCGAUGUUGGGAUCAUUGGAACCGCUCAGGUUCUAAACCUUGCCUUCGAGAAGGAGGUCACAGUGCGUUACUCUUUCACGGACUGGAAGAGCACGGCCGAGACCAAGGCCAGUUGGGUUGCCGCCGCGUCCAGCGACAGACCCGGCCAGCCGGAGGCGGACGUCUUCCGCUUCCGUUUGCCAGUUCCACCAUUUAUUUUGCAACCUGGUGCUAUCUUGGAGUUUGCCGUUCGCUUCCAGGUCAUGAGGGCAGAGUACUGGGACAACAAUGGAGGCAAUAACUACAAGCUCACCUGCCAGAACUACAAACUAUCUGUCCCAAGAGAGUGUGAGGACAGCAUGGUGCACUUUAUUUAGUUGACCACUGGAGGGAGCCAUUAAGAUUUUGAAUUUGAAUAUUUUGUAAUUGUUGAAUAGGCACUUAGAAAUAGACCAUAUCAUUGUUUUUAAAACAUUGAAACCUUAUAGUGGCACAAUUAGAUCAAAAGCUUUUAAAAAAGAAAAUGUGUAAUCUUUUUAGGGAUAUAACCAUUUUUGUCCAUAAAUCUUUCUUACAUCUGUUUAAACAAAUUGUCAAACAAACACAGCUACAACUGCAUUUUAGCCAUUUAGAGGUAGCCUAGAUUUUGCUUGGUUUGUUGACUUUACUCAUCAGUAUCAGAAACAUUUACAACAGUCUUAUAUUCCUAGACAGCAGUUGCUAUUUUGGUUGCUACUUAUGUUACUUACUUAAGUUAAUGCUAUGUAAUCAACUUAAGUAAACAACAUGUGUAUUUACUGUAGACAGAAUAUUAUGUUGUGGGCCCUUAUUUCUUAAAAUAAUUCAGGUAGUUUUACAUUAAAUUAUAAUAUUCUGAUACUGAUUCUGAUUUAUGAUGAGUGAAUUAAAAAAAGAAGGAAAAGGAUUUAAAAUAUUCUCAAAAAUGCAUGCUUAAGUUGUUUAAAUGUUACUCUGCAAACCUGUUGCAAUUGCAGGAAUAUUUGAUCCUCAGACACAAGACAGAAACAGUGUGGGAGUGUGAGAGAGACUGUUGUGGUCCUAACUAAAAUGGCACAUCACAUUUGACCUUUCACCAUUGCCGUUGCCCUCGGGUCAUCUGUCGGUCAUCAGGCCUUGGUAUGUCAACAAGGUGCUCAGCUCCCUAAUGGACUGGACUGUUGCAGACACAAAUUGCAUGACCGUGCUAUGUGUUUCCAAGAAUAUCCCGUCCUCACCAAACAAGAGCAAAGCCCACUAUGGAGCUGCCCCAUGUGAGUCAUUCACAGCUGGCAAGUUCUGAAUGUCAGGGACAUCAAAGAGCAUGUGCAGGGGGAGAGAGCAGCCCAGUGUGCAAGAGCAGACAGCUCCACCAGAGAUUACUGUUCACUAAUUUCACAAGAAUGAAUUAGAUGUUUUAGAUUAAUUUAGA